CCAGGGAAGUCCCAUACUCUUGUAUUUAAUCAUAUGAAAUUUUUUGUGCUCCAUCAGAGUCCUACAGCUCUGAUUUUGAAUCCUGGCUGUGACUGUAGAAAUGUCAGAACUGGGUGGCUGCUGCCAUAUGAGGACAGAAGGUGGGGAUCAUGAAGCAAGGCCCCUGACAGGUACACAUGAGGGACAGUGCUCCCAGCCUCUGGUCAACACUGGCUGGCCAUCCAGCUCGGUGCUCCCUGCAGUGAGGGGUGGUUUCUCCCUCUCAGAGCCUCAGUUUCCCCAGGUACACAGCCAGGGUGGAGCAGUCGGAGCUACUUGACCACUUUCAUAUCACAACCCCCCUUUGACAAUUUAAUGAAAGAUACAAACCCUAGAAAAAUGCGUAGAGAUGAAAAAAUUGCAUACACUUUGGGCAGGUCACGGACCCCACCCAGAAUCCAUAAACUCCAGGUGCAGCUGUUGGGAGGCAGUGUGGGGCACUGUUCGGGCCCCUGGGCUCUGGGAGCAGAGAGUCCUGGGUUCAGAUUCUGGCUCCCCCAGGCACUAGCUCUGUGACCUCAGUCCUCUUAACAAAGUAGGUAAUUACACUCAUCUCACGUGCUGUUGUGAGAACCAACUGAGACACUGCAGAAAAGGCUUCAGCCAGGCCCAGCACCAUGGUGAGCAAUCAGAAAGGGACUCCCAAUAUUUAAGGAAAUAUUUCUCCAAGGGUGACCCAUGGACCACCUGGAUCAGAAUCCCAUGGCGGGACUUGUUUAAAAUGCACGUUCCUGGACUUCUUGCCCAGAAAAUCUGAUUCUUCAGGUCUGGGAUGGCGGCUAGGAGUAUGCAUUUAAAACCAGUCUCUGCCUCCCAAUUCUACUGGGAGUUAGUCUGAGAAGCACUAUGCUUCUCCCACCUCUACAGUCCAGGUCCUGGAAAGAGACUAAGUUUCUGGUAGGCUGGGAAGAGCAGAAAACAGGUGCAGGGAUGGUGCAAGGGACGCCUCUGAGCGCCCUUCGGGGGCCCCCCUCCAGGGAUGAGCAGAACCCGGGCUACCCCACCCCGCACCCUUCAGUGGGUCUUGGUGGUGCCUCUAGCUGCCCCCGACGUGAGGACCGACGCCCUCCAGGCCAGGCGACAUGGGGAGGGGCGACAGGGCCUCUGGGGAGCAGAAAGGAAAGUGAAGCCUCCUGCCCAGCCUUUCGCUUUCGCCGCCUCCACUCGCCGUCCAGGUGGCCCCCGCGAUCCCCUGUCGCGCUGGGGUCUGGCCGCCGCGCUCCCCAGACCUGGUCCCCGGAGCACUGUGUCCCCGAUGGCCAGCGACCAAUGGCGGAGGGACGAAGGGAGGGUCCCCGACAGCAGGCGACUCAUGGCGGGGCCGAGGGUCCCCUGCGUCUUCGCGACUGGCUGGUGGCGCAGAUCGAGAGCGGGCGCUACGCUGGGCUGCGCUGGGAGGACGCAGGCGAGACCCUCUUCCGCAUCCCCUGGAAGCACGCAGCCAAGCAGGGCUACCAGGCGCAGCAGGACGCGGCGCUCUUCAGGGCCUGGGCCAUAUACAAGGGCAAGCACCUAGAGGGCGUUGACAAGGAGGACCCCUCCACCUGGAAGACGUGGCUCCGCUGUGCCCUCAACAAGAGCGCUGACUUCUGUGAGGUGCGCUCGCUCAACCAGCUGGACAUCUCCAACCCCUACAAGGUCUACCGGCUCCUGUCUGACGGUGCCCACAACCCAGUUACCAGGGCUUGUGCCCCCUGUAAAGAGGAGGGCAUUCUUCAUAGCCAGCAGGUGCCCCCUGGAGAAGUGACAGAGCCGGCCUGCAAGACAGAAGAGCAGGUUGGCUCCAGAUUAGUCACAGAGGAUAAAGACAAGAAGCAGCCCCCCAGGCUGGCCUCCCUGCCCCCAGGCCCUUUGGCUGGCCACAGGUACCAGGCUCAGGAUCCUGCUCACCCCUGGGGCCCCUUGCCUUCUGAGGACUUCAGCAACCCCGAUUUUUGGCUGCACGUGCGACUCUUCUAUGGCGCGGAGCUGGUGCGCGAAGCCACAGCGCGCGCGGCCGAGAGCUGCAGCCUGAGACCGCGCGCAGCCGCCGCUGCCGCCGAGCUCCUGCUGGGGUCGCCGCCGCGCGUCGCGCAGGUUCGUUUCCCGGAGCCGCCGCCCGGCGCCCGCGUCCUGCGGCGCCUGCUGCCCCACCUGGAGCGCGGAGUGCUGCUCUGGGUGGCGCCCGAGGGCGUCUUCGCCAAGCGCCUGUGCCAGGGCCGUGUGUACUGGCGCGGCCCGCUCGCCCCGCACCGCGCGCGGCCCAACAAACUGGAGCGAGAGCGCACCUGCCAGCUCCUCGACACGCGCAGCUUCCUCGCGGAACUGAGAGCCCACCUGCAUCAUGGUCGCCAGGAGCCCGAGUACCAGAUCCGGCUGUGCUUUGGCGAGGAGUACCCGGGGCCCCCGGACCAGCCUGAGGAGCGUCUCAUUAUGGCCCAUGUGGAGCCAGUCUUCGCGCGGGAGCUCCUCCUACACUCGAAGCUCCACGGCCAGGUGCCUCGGUGGCGCGUUCCCAGCCCCGCAUCUCCGACAGCGUCACUCACCUGCUGACACAGCUGAGUCAGCCCUGAGCGGUUGUUUCCCCCUCCCGUACCCUCUGAAGCAGUCCCCACAGGGUGCAGAUCCCACCCCAGCCCUGCCCCAGCUGAGCCAGGGGACUUUAGGUCUCGCCUCACUCAUCGCCCAGGUAGGUUGAGACAGCGGAAGCCACUCACGGCCUUCAACCUCUCAGCCAAUGAGAUGGAGCCCCGGGAACCCAGGAAGGAGGCGCGUAAGCGGACAGCCGGGCAGCUGGGCCUGGGGCGUCAGGCUUGGGAACUAAACUCGACCUUGAGGUUCCAGAAAUAGCAAUUAGGUCAGAAACAAGACUUCAUCUUUUUGUGAAGAGCCGGACAUGCCCAUAGCGGUUUACCUAAAGCAGACCUUACCUGCAAUUGAUCCAUUAUAAGGUUUGCUUAAAGCUGAGUUUACUGGGAGUUCCCUGGUGGUUAGGACUCUGUGCUUCCACUGCUGGGGGC